AUGCCCUCAACAAAUCUCAUCAAACCCGACUGGGAGAAAGACCAUGUCUACCUGAUUCAAUUCCCCCGAGCCGGCUCAAUUCCUACACCGUCUUCCUAUUCCCUAAAAGUCGAAACAUUCCUUCGUAUCGCUAAUAUACCGUAUACUAAUAUUAGCAAUGAUUUCACGAAGAAAUCGAGUAAAGGACAAAUUCCGUUUAUUGAAUUAAAUGGUCGACAGCAUGCUGAUAGUUCACUGAUUAUUGAUCAUUUGGUUGAACAUUUUGAGAAGGUUUGUGACGGGUGGGAAAAAUGAGUUAUGACGUGGCAGACUACUUCGAGCGUCACUGGCGCGAGUUUAUGUCCCUUUAAAUUACUGUAGGUUUGGGUGAUCUACACUCGCGCUAAAAGCACUACAUACUGUAUGGUCUUUUAGAGGAUUUACCUCGAGCGCCACUGGCGCGAGUGUAUAUCAAAAUUUUUCGUAAGCGGCUCCAGCGAAGCGAGUGUAUGUCCCUUCAAGCUACUUUAGCUUUGGAGUACAUCACUUUCAUGAAUCCUCAGAAGUCCAAUAUGAAUUGCCACGUCAUAACAUAGACCUCUUCGAAUCCAGAGUAUGUUGACUAUGCCCUUGAGUUAUGACGUGGCAAGGAUAUUCAGCACACCUUGUUGUUAAUUGAUUCAUGAAUAAAUCAUAGGCCCAACACUGCCACGUCAUAGCAUAUGCAGCUUUUGACUGGAGAUUGACUAAAAUAUACAGUAGUUUAAAGGGACAUACACUUGCUUCACUUGAGCCUGUUGACAACAAUGCCACGUCAUAACUGAUACAUAUUCAGAUGUAAUUUUUGAGAUGAGAUUAAUUGAAGAACCCAACGGUACAGUAGUUCAAAUGAACAUCCACCAAAUUUCCAGACCUCUCUUGAAUUCCUCUCCACUUCUGACAAAUCAACAGCCCGUGCCUUCUACACUCUCCUCGAACACCAUCUCGCCUGGAUCACAGUCUAUUCUCGAUCACUAGACUCUAGUUGGUUGGCCACCGACAAGGGUUACGGUCGAAUACUAACUGGUGUCAAAGGUUUCGCGUUCAAAAAUCUGAUUUUGGGACAAAUGACAAGGAAAUAUCGAGGAAAUUGUAUGGCGCAGGGAAUCGGACAUUUUACGAAGGAAGAGAUAAUUGGUGAAGCGAAAAAGGAUAUUGAUGCGAUUUCGGGACAAUUGGGAAGUAAACAAUUCUUGUUUGGUGAUAUUAAAACGGUGGGUUUUUUUUUGGGAGGAAAAUUCGAAUAUUUCUGAAACAUCUCCUGAGUCCCAUAGAGCGAAGAUGCUUUCGCUAUUUAAAAAUGUAAAUUUAUAAAUUUUGUCACGUUGUGAACAUAGAAAAUCGAUUAAUAAAGAUUUAUCUACAUUUUUAUAUCAAACAUUUUUGAAACAGUGAAAAAUCUGGAAAAUUUCUUCAAUUUUUGAAGACAAAUUCAGAUUGUUCAGUAGAGCGAAUUUGCAAUUUUCAACUAAAAAUUCAAAUUUUCUUGGAAAAUGCAGAGUGUUUAAUAGGGCGCAUUUGCUUCUCUACAGAAAUAUCGGAAAUACCAGACUGAAAAUCGUAGAAAUGGUGAAAAAUCAUUUUUGAAACAGUGAAAUUUAUUGAAAAUUUUCCAAAUUUCCCGGAUAAAUUCAAAGUGUUCAGUAGAGCGAAUUUGCAAUUUUCAACUGAAAAUUCAAAUUUUCCGACAAAUCUGAUAGUGUUCAAUGGGGCGCAUUUGCUUCUAGGCUAAAAAAUCCCCAUUUUAGAUCGAUGCCACAGCAUUCGCCCACUUAUCCCAACUCCUCUACACUCCACAAUUCAGCGAUGAGAUCAAAAACUACAUUGAAACCAGCGCGCCAAAUGUGGUAAAUUCAAAAUUUCUUUUGUUCUUUCAUUGCUCAUAUUAACUUUCAACUUCAGAUCGAUUACAUAAAUCGAAUCAAAGUGCAAUAUUGGCCAGAUUGGGAUGAGACAAUUUCAACAGCAAAUAUGAAUACCGAAUGGAAAAAAUUGUAA